AUGCCUUCUCGCACAACUGUCUACGCCCUCUUAACUCUUGGCCUGGCCACUCUGGCAACGGCCUCCCCUCUGCUCUUCUCAGACAAUGUCGGUGGUUUCUAUAAGAGGGACAUUCCAGAAGAGCAGCCUGUUCAACAACCUGGUGGUGUCAUUAUACCUUAUAACAAGAGGCAAAUCAUUCCAGUCGAGUCGCCUGUCCAGGGGCUUGCUCCAGGUCACAUUGAACCGUAUGGCCGAAGGCAAACUCCAGACGAGGAGCCUGUUAAAUCUCUGAAUGGUAACAUUGAGCCCUAUGGUAAGAGGCAAACCGUUCCAGUAGAGGUGCCUGUUGGAGCACCAAAUGGUGGGAUCGAGCCUUAUAGCAAGAGGCAAAUUCCAGCCGAGCAGGCUAGUAGCGCACCCAAUGGUGAGAUUGAGCCCUAUGGAAAGAGGCAAAUUCCAGACGAGCAACCCGUUCAAGCUCCGAACACCGGUGGAAUUGUGCCCUUCAAACGUACCAUCUGA